AUGGAAUUCAAGCAGAAAGAUGUAAUUAGCAGUCUUCUGAAACAACGUCACCGGAAUUCAAAGGUUCAAAAACUGUGUGAUAGAUCCUCAGUGGCCUCAACACCACAAAGCUUAAAGCUUGCGGAUAUUCAAGCUCAGAAGCCUGCGGAUAUUCAAGCUCAGAAGCCUGCGAAGGCCAUUAGAAUUGAUGUUCUUGGAGCCGGUGGUUACACUGGUUCAGAGCAUGGUUCUGAAUAA